CCGGCGGACUCGAGCUGUGCAAGAUGGCUGAGUGUCUGGCCUCCAUCUUCGGCACCGAGAAGGACAAAGUCAACUGUUCCUUUUACUUCAAAACUGGAGCCUGUCGUCACGGAGACAGAUGCCCCCGGUUGCACAAUAGACCGACCUUUAGCCAGACCGUCGCCCUCUUGAACAUCUUCCCAAACCCUCGGGACUCCUCCCGGGGCGCCGCCGCUCUGCGCGGUGCCGGGAGGGACGUGGAGACGCAGGAGCACUACGACGAGUUCUUUGAGGAGGUCUUCGCCGAGAUGGAGAAGUACGGCGAGGUGGAGGAGAUGCACGUCUGCGACAACCUCGGGGACCACCUGGCGGGGAACGUAUACGUCAAGUUCCGACGGGAGGAGGAUUCCGAGAAGGCCGUGGCCGACCUGAAUAACCGCUGGUUCAAUGGGCAGCCGGUCCGGGCAGAGCUGUCCCCGGUGACCGACUUCAGGGAGGCCUGCUGCCGCCAGUACGAGACGGGACAGUGCGCCCGAGGGGGCUUUUGCAACUUCAUGCAUCUGAAGCCCGUGUCCAGCGAGCUGCGGAGGGAGCUGGACCGGCGCCGGCAGCCGAGGGCCAGGUCCCGAGCCCGAGCCCGAGCCCGUGGGCGUGAGCGGGACAGGGAAAGAUCCGAGCUGUUUCGACCGUGUGUCUGCUCGACAGUGUUGUAGUGUACUCGGUGGACAAGCCAGUUCAUGAUGGCAUUUUUUAAAUAAGAAAAUAAACAGAGAUGGGUUUCCGAAUAAAAUUUGCAGUGAUAUAGUUCAAACAAGUCUUCGAUUUGUUUCAUUUUCGUCGCUCGAAGAGGAUCAAACCAACAGUCAAGAGGGGAUCGUGGUUUUAAAGGGAAGGGGUCCCCCUGGACCUGGGAUGAGCAAAGAAUGGCGCCUAAGGCUGAUCUUGGGGGGCUGGUCUGGGUGGGUGUGUCUGAGCCGACUUUGCUUCUCAAGGGCCUUGGAAAGGGAUUCCCAAAGACAGUAGUUUCCUGGUGUUUGGAAAGUGAAAGAAAACACCGCUGACAACAACAACAAAAAUAAAACCAGAAGCCGGGAAUUUCCCGUGGCUUCCUCCCAAGGGAGGUCCUCAA